CCCGGCGCCCGGCGGCGCGGCCUGGCCACUAUUGCGGGUAUGGACACCCGCCUGGCCGUCCCCGUGUGGCUGGCCGAGGACGAUCUGGGCUGCAUCAUCUGUCAAGGGCUGCUUACCAGGCCCGCCACGCUGCCCUGCGGCCACAGCUUCUGCCGCGACUGCCUGAAGGGCCUGUGGGCCGCGGGCAGCGCCAGCCCCCGGCGCUCCUGCCCCACCUGCCGGGAGAGCACCCCGGCGCCGCUGCACCUGCGGAAGAACACGCUGCUGCAGGAGCUGGUGGACAAGUACAGCCGGGCGCUGCGCGAGCUGGGGGCGGGUCCUGAUCCCGACCCCGCCCCCGGCCCCGCCCAGGGACGCGCCCUUGGCCCCGCGCCUGCGCCUGCACACCCGCGUCGCACCGCCCAGUUGCCGGCCGCGGCACAGAAGAGAAUCAUAGAAGUUGUGCGCGAGCUGGCAGAGUUGGCAGAACAGCUCGUAGACAUUGUCAAGAGUCUUCAGAGUCAAAGGGACGUCCCUGAAUCUGGACCAGACAAUGACAGGAGCACCCUGAGCAUGAGCAUGUCUUCUUCUGGUGAGAUGGACCUUUCCUUGGCUUCUUCAAAACCAAUGACUUCCAAUACACCUGAGAGAAAAACAAGAGACGUUCUGCAUGACCUAGAAGAAAUCCAGAAAAAAUUACGGGAAAACUUCACAUGGAACGAGUCCCUCGAAGAACAGAUGCAGGUGGAACUCCAGGAAGCUCCCCAUUCCGCUUCAUGCCUGCUGCCUGGCCAGAGCCACCCAGCCCCCAAGAGGGCCUCCCGGUUUGCUCAGUGGGCCAUCAGUCCAACCUUUGACCUUCGCAGCCACUCCUGCAGCCUAACGGUGUCCAAGGAUGGCCUGGCGGUGACUGUGUCUCACUGCCCACAGACCCAUCUCUGGAAUCAUGAGAGGUUUGUGACCUGCCAGGCAUUAUGCUCCCAGGCCUUUUCUUCUGGGCGACAGUACUGGGAAGUGGACACUCAGCGUUGUAGCCACUGGGCAGUUGGGGUGGCUUCCUGGGGGAUGAAACGUACCCAGAUCCUGGGAAGGACCAGCGACUCCUGCUGUAUAGAGUGGAAGGGGACGGGCCAGCUCUCUGCAUGGCACAUGGUUGAGGAGACUGUCCUCGGCUCAGACAGACCUAUGGUGGUGGGCAUCUGGCUGGACCUGGAGGAGGGGAAACUUGCCUUCUAUUCAGUGGCUAACCAGGAGAAGCUUAUAUAUGAGUGCCCGGUCCCAGCCUCCUCUCCUCUGCACCCUGCCUUUUGGCUCUAUGGCUUAAAUCCUGGAAACGCUCUGACUAUAAGGCCAGUAAAUGUGUAAAGUUUCCCUGGAUGUCAGAACCUGGUGGUCCUGGCCUUUCAAACCAGGCCGUUGACAACAGUCCCACUUCCGGAGUUAAUGGGUGCGCCGCAAAGGGCUAACUGCAGGCCUGGGAUGGGCAGACUGCACGUUCCUGAGAGAGCAUGGGUCCUUGACUGGCUCCUGGGAGGCACCCCCUAAGCCCUUGGGGUAUCCUGGCUGAUAAGAGUGUUGUUGUUUACCCGUGGCCUUGGGCCAGGAGAUAUCAGCUUGACCUCUGGAGGGGCUGGAGACUAAAGCAUGCCCCU